GUCUUCCCCAUAGCACUGUUGCUGAUGUCCCAGUGACAUGGGAUUUGAGCUCUGGCAUCUCAAAAUGUGUUUCUGUCUUCAUGACUCUCAAAAAUUCUGGAAAGAAAAGUGCUUCCUGACCUCUGAAGGAAGUUAGGACAUUCCCUGGGAACUUUAUAAGAACCUGAUCUCAACUAUAGGAAACAAAAAUACUCACCCCUUAGCUCAAUUUAAACCCUGUUUGUUUUCAUUCAUUCGUUUCAUAAUUUGCCUGUGUUUUCUUCUGAAACACCUGUGGGCCCUCCCCUUCCUCCUCAUCACAGCACCCCCAGUCCCCAGUAGCUGCUGUAUCUCUCCUUUACCCAGUGGGUGGCUGGGUCCUCGUGGCUGAGGACGUUCUCCUCAAGGGGGCACAUUGUAGGCUCACUCUUUUCUUCCUCGUAGGCUCUGCUCUUGAGAUUCCAUCCUCCUACAGGAUCUCCACUAAUAAUCUAACUUCUGUAAACCAUGACUGUUUCAAUUCCUUUCGGUAGCUUUGGAGAAAAACUUGGCCAUUGUGGAGACACGGACACCUUUCUUCUCCGUCCUUCUUUUCAAAGACGGCUGUGAGAGAGCGCUUCAGGAGAAAAUGCUCCAACUGAAGGCUGGGAUGCAUCAGCCCUCAGAGAAGAAGGGACCUGAUGAGAAGGGAGUGGAUGAGCAGAAGCCUCGGCCUGAGGAAGCAGAAUUCUCCUCUGUAUCCCGCAGUGGAUUCCUUUCUGGACAGAUGCCAGCCCUGCCAUUCCUGCUGAUUCAGCUGCUCUACCCAGCAACCAAGAAACCAGCCCCGCCCAGCCCUUCCAUCCUCCGAGCAGCACCGGCCAGCUGAGCAGGACACUAGAACAUGGCAGCAGUGGCCCAUGGGAUGAGAUGAGGCCUCAAAAAUGGAUGCAUCUGGAGACCUGACCUCCUCCUUCUCUUUGUACUGGCCCAACUCCAAAGCCUCUGGUAAAACACAAAAGAGCACUUGGUGAAAUUGAGCCCAUUGAUAGGAAAGACACAUUCCUUUCCUGGCCAGAGAAUUUUUUGAUUCCUCUGAUAGAACCUGGCUCACAAAAGAUGAGGGGACAAUAUGUGGAUCCGCCAGACAAUGAGAACCAGCUCAGUGCUGGUUCCUCACAAGAGUCUUCUCCUAGUGCCCUACCUAGGGACCCACUCUGGGCGGGAGAGCAGGAGAAGUCAGGGACAUUCUGAGGCCCUCCACAAGGAGGAUGAGUGACCUCACAUUUAAAUGCUGCCUUCUCUUCAUGCUACACCCUGUUAGGCCUAGAGUGUGAGUGUCCCGGAAGGCUCAGUUCAGAUUUCCAUGGGGAAGGUCUUCCUUAGGUCAAGAGCCACUGUAGGAUGGGAAACUAUUUCUACAGAGUCACCCACCCCUCCACACCCUUCCACUUGUUCCCACACACUGUGCAUAUAACCAUGAGCCAGUCCUGCCCCUGUAAACAUUGCUUUUGGAUUUGGAGCCAGACAUGCCGGCACCAGCAGCUAGGAGUGCAGCCGUUCAGAGGAACAGCUUGAAGCAGCUCCAUUUCCGGGUCCCAGUAGGGGCCAACCUGCUGGAAAAGAAUCUUGCUGAGAUCCAGAACCUACACCAGCGCCUGGAGGCAUCCGUCACCGUCAAUGACCACCUGAGGGAGAGGCUCGAGCAUGUGCUCAGCCAUGGUGACCAAGGGAAAGGUGAACUUCAUUCAAGAGGAUGUCAGAACCUGCUUCUCAAUGUGAAUAAAGACCGAGAAGCCGGUAGCCGCUACCGCUGAGCAGCCGGAGGGACGCCCGCCUUAGCCAACCACGGCCGAGAGCGACUGGGAC